AUGCUUAAACAAACAUUGGAGCUUAUUGAGGCUAAAACAUCCGAUGCAGAGAGGAAGCAGAUGAACGAUCCUGGGGUUUCACUUCGGUUGAAAAGUCUCAAGGAAGUUUCCUACGAUGCUGAUGAUGUUCUGGACGAAAUUUCUUACGAAUCUAUGCGUCGAUCUCAUAAGAAUAAUAAGGUAAACGACUUCUUCUCAUCCUUCAAUCAAGUUAUCUUUGGAUUUAAAAUGGCUCAUAGAAUCAAAGGCAUCAAUGAACAGUUUAAUCAAAUAGCAAUCAGUAUGGAAAGAUUUCAGUUUCAAACUACUAGUAGUACUAGCAGUGGUGAAUACGAGCAUCAUAAUAUGCGGCUAACUACUUUAUUCUUUGGAGAUAAUUCAAAAUUUGUAGGAAGAGAUGCAGAUAAAUCAAAAGUAGUAAAUCUUUUAACAAACAUGAGCAUGUCUUCAUCAUCAUGUUUACCAUCAACUUCUUCUUCUGUAAAUUCUAAUAUACAUGAAAAUGUCUCCGUCAUAUCCAUAGUGGGUAUGGGGGGACUUGGAAAGACCUGCUUAUCGCAAUUCAUUUACAAUGUUAAAUCAGUAGAAAAAUACUUCGACAAAAAAAUGUGGGUGUGCAUCUCAGAUGACUUCGAUGUGUUUAAAAUCUUAAGAAACAUUAUGGAGUCGGCAACUGGUUCUAGAUGCCAAGAUUUUUCAAACUUUGAUGUCUUUGUAAAAAAAGUUAUCGAAGAAUUAAAAGGAACAAAAUAUUUGCUAGUUCUAGAUGACUUAUGGAAUGAAGAUCCCAUAGAAUGGAAUAAAUUUAAGAGCGUCCUAGACUGCUGCGGUUCUGUUGGCAGCAAAAUUAUAAUCACAACACGCAGUUAA